GAAGAGAAGCUUGACCCCCAAAAAGAAAGAAAUAAGCAGCAGCACAACUUUUUCUUUGAAAUUUCGGUAACUUCUACAACGUGUCGUGUAUUGGAACCGAUUCAAGUUGGAUUCGAGUUAGAUAGGAUCACCAUGCCCAGAGCUCCAUCCAAUUCCCGGAAGCAGAGUGGGGGAGGAGGAAAGAAGAAGCCUGCUGCCGAAGGAGCCAGUACAAGCAAGAUGGAUUUUGAAGACGAUGCUAGCAGUAUGGAUCCCCUUGAGAAUGAUAAAGAUGAGGACGAUUCUGAAGUGAAGAAGGCAGGAAAGAAGCGAUCCUAUGACGACAGUGAUGAAGAAGAAGAAUUGGAAUGCAACGCCCCAGGAAUUAAUAUUGAUGGAGAGAUGCAGACAGUACUCCAGUCUUUUGGUGCCGAUAUGAGGAAAUCAAUGAGUGGUAAAAAGAAACGUCUGGAAACGCUGACGCAACAAACCCUCAAAUCCACCAACGUCAAAGUGGAAAAGAUCUGGAAGAUGCAACAGACGGAAAGACAGAGACUACAUGCCGAGUACUCCAAGCAAUUGACUACAGUACUAGACCAAUGGGAUACAGAUAUGAAGAAAAUGAAAGAAAAUGAGGAAAAGCUUCAGACGAUGUUGAAGCAGCAGCAGAGGGUCGUUCAGCAGUCUUGCAUAGCCAUGAAUCAGCGCCUCAAGAACGUCCGACAACUCUUUGAACAAUACAAUAAGACGAUGGGAGAGCUGGAGCAGUGUCAUCAAGGCCAGCAGACCAAUGUUCAAGGAGAACUGAAGAAGGAGCUGAACCUCCUUCAUAAGAAGAUCCUCAUGGAUACACAACAUCAAGAAAUGGCCAACUUCCGAAAGUCCUUACAAUCCAUGUUCUUCUAGAGGUCAAACUGGGGUCAUUUCAAGGUCAAAGUUCACCCACUGGUCACUCAUGAAUACUCAAAGAAACUCACUCAAGUUAUCGUUCAUAUUAUAUCCAACAGAAGUGCAUGAGUAUCCCGGGUGAGUAACCUCUCCCAAUAGCAGAAUUUUUUUCAGUGCAGUUCUUCAUAAAAAAAUCCUUUAAUGUUGAAUGCAAACAAUCAUUAAUGAAGAUAUGACAGGAUGUCUCCAUUGUUAUGACCAUUUGACAAUUGUUUAGGGAAACUGCUUACCAACAUUAUACAGGGUGUUCACUUCUAUUGGGCAAAAAGAAAAUAGUUUUUAUUGUACCUUCAGUAUAUCAAUAGACAAAUCAUUUCACGACUGAUCCUGGAAGAAAUUUUUUAAAUGAUCGAGUCAUAGGGAACCAUUAAAAAAUUGAAAUUUAUGCAUUUGAUAUUACAUAACAUAGGGCAACUGCUGGUAUAUGACAUCACAAAUCCAAAACUUUAAAAUUCUGAUAACUUUCUUAUAAAUCUAUGAUGGAUUUUCCUCAAACCUUCACCAAUAUUUUUUUCCCUUCUAUUUUUAUAACAAACUUUUCAUCAGGGUGAACUCCCCUUUAAAGUAAUAAACCUUUUUAGGCUGUGACACUUCUGACCUGUCUUGGUCAUACUCAAAUGAGCAGAUAGAAUGAAAAUAUUAAAAAAAAACUGAGGAAAUGGCCAAAGAAAAGAAGGAAAUUUUGUUACUUCGAUUCAAUAUAUUUCUUGCAUUUAAAAAUGUGUUUGUGUGAAGUUGUCAAAAGUUUUAGAAAUCACUUAUAAUACAUGUAAAAAUUACCACUUAAAAAAGGGCAUAGAGUAUAUGUUAUAGGCUCUGACCCUCUGACACCUCUACUGUGUGAUGUAAUAAAAAUGUUUACUAACCAAAAUCAAUUCCAUCAAUAUUUUGAUAACUUUUGCUACACAUUUACUCUCAAAACACAAGUCAAACUGUACACUUAUUUCGUAUCAGGUAUUUGUUACUUUAUUAAUAUCAUUCCGUGUUUAUCUAAUUCCAGUAUGACGUGUAUAUAAUCUAAAAUUAGAAUGUUCUGUUAGUACUAUAUGGAGAUCACAACUACUCCAGUUGGAUGUAGGCCAAAUUGUGUGAAUGAAUUAUCUGUCCCAUUAGUAGUAUUUCCUGAAGAUGACACUAAGUACAUACUCUGUAUGAAAUGACUUAGCACUUCACGUGUUUCUGUCAACGUUUAAGGGGAAGUUCAACAUGAAAACUUGUGGUUUGAUUUGAAGUAUUCUAUGAGCUUGCUUCUAUAUUGGUAUGGGCCGAAAAGUGCAAGCAAAGGACAUAACCUUCCCCUUCAAACUUCCAGUGUCACGUGAGUGCAAUGUAUGCGCCCUCAAUAUGGUUAUUUCAGAUAUAAACAUUGUUUAUAUGAAUAUUUAUGCAUGGCUGGAAAUCCCAGGGGGACACAAUUAAUGUCCCCCUACUAUUUCUGGUCUUUUAUGAUGGUAAGAAAUACAUCACUGGUCUUUCAUGAUGGUAUGUAUUUUAGGAUGAGAUGAGCUUAUUUUUGGGGUAAUAACUUUUUUUUUGGGGGGGGUCAAAUUUUCCAGCCCCUUGUCCCCCCUACCUUUAGGGGGAGAUUUCCGGCCCUGUUUUUAUGCACUGAAACCAUAUGGUUUGAUUAAAUUCUAGAAGCCAGCUUUCAAAUUGGUAAAAGUUCAAGCAAGGAGACAUGUCCCCCCCCCCUUCAAAUUUCUAGUCUCACUCUGUAUGCAUUCUAGAUAUGAUUAUUUCAUAGUUUAUAUAAAUAUUUUUAUACCCUGAAACAAUUUUGUUUAAUUAGAGUAAACUCAAGCUUCUGUCCAAAUCGAUCUGUACUGAAAGGGACAAGCAACUAAAAUGACAUAUCUUCCCCUGAACUUCUUCUAUUCUCACAAAAUAUACACAUUGUAUGCAUCCUAAAUAUAUACAGGUAUGAUUAUUUCAGAUAUGAAUAAUGUUUAUAACCUGGAAACCAUUUAGUUUGAUAGAGUAUGCUGUGAGCUUCUAUGUUGGUCUGUACCCAAAAGUACAAGCAAAAAGACAUUCCUUUCCCCAUUCUCACAGUAAUACAUUGUAUUUUAUUAUAUCAAAUGUGAAUAUAUGUAAAUAUUGUUAAACCAUUUGGUUUAUUGAUAUUCUACAUGUAUGAGAAUACAUGUUCUUUGAUAUUGGUCUGUACUGUAAAGUACAAGCACACACUGUAAAAACUGGUAUUAAAACUGACACCAAUUGGUGUUAAUAGAGGACCACACCCUGAGGUGUUAAAA